AGAGUAUUAGUCACUCAGUUGUGUCCAACUCUUUGCGACCCCAUGGAUUGUAGUCCGCCUCUGUCCAUGGAAUUCUGCAGACAAGAGUACUGGAGUGGCUAGCCAUUCCCUUCUCCAGGGGAUCUUCCCAAUCCAGUGAUGAACCUGGUUCUCCUGCAUUGCAGGCAGAUUCUUUACCAUCUGAGCUUGGUAAGGAUUCCCACACUGUGGCCUCAGGCAAGUCGCUUCCCUUCCUUGAGCCUCAGAUCCUCACCUGUAAAAUGAGAUUACCUCUGUGGUGUCUCAGUGAAGGCUGAAUGUCACUGCACUUAAAAAUACUGAAUCCUCUCAGGCAAGGAGGAGAUUACUGCGUGAGACAUGAAGUGGUCAUGACAGGGCUGUGUGCAAAUCAAAUGGCAUGAAGUGAAGGUCAGGGUGCAUCUAGGCCUGAAUUCAAAGAUAGGGAAGUUCAGCUCAAGCUGGAGACUUCACAGCUUCCUGUAAGAGGUGAGAUGGGAGCCAAGCUUCAAGCAUUGCAUUCUACCGAUGCAUUCAAGGAAUGCAUCGGUAGAAAGGAAGCGAGAGGCAGGGAAGGCCAGAGGGAGCCCAGCCAUGGCUGUGGGAGAGAUGCUGGGGAGAAGUGAGCCUGAAGAGUUUGGUCGGGGAAGCUUGUCUUGUUAAGCACAGCCCCGAAAGGUAGGCAUUAGGGAGCCAUUGCAGGUUCUACCCCUACACAGGCAAGCAGGGGUUGGUCUGUGUAAGCACUUUGAGUGUAGGAAGGAUUUUCUGAUUGCUUUUACAGUGAGAAAAAUAAAAGAUUGGAAGGGAUUUAGGGGAAGGGAGAGUUUCUGUUAAGGAGAUGGUAGAGAAAGGCAUCCCCAUUUAUUCUCAUGCACCCAUAGUUUAAUUGUGAUGGUGAGAGUUCGGCAUUCCAGGUAACAUCUGUAGCAUGCCUCCUGAAUUUGAUCUCUUGUCCCUACAGGUCUGCACCUAGACACCAUUUUCAGUUUUUGUGUUAUUGGCUGCACAUCCACAGUAUGGUGUCAGAUUGUUGUUGCGCUAAACAUUACUUGGAUAGGCAUGUCUGUUCCCCAAACUUCCUUCUGGGUUGUUUCUAUUGGAUGCCUCUAAAGGAACACAAGUUUUAAUGACUGGAAAUCCUUAAGACACACUGUUUUGCAGUAAUUUUCUCUAGAAUUUUCGGUAGGUUAUACGGUAUAGGUUUUUUGUUGUUUUUUUUUUAAAUAGCAAACAUACAAAAGCAUAUUGAAUAAAAAGUUUGUCCUUCUGGCCCAGUGCUCUCCCUUCAGUUCUCCAUGAGGGCAGUUAUUAAUGUCUCCUGUAUAUCCUUCCAAAAAUAUUCUAUUGUGAUACUGAAUAUAUUCUCUUUUAAAAAACAUUGAUACUGUUACACUCAGUUUAGUAUGUUUCAUUUUUGAAAUCUGGGAUUAUGAAAUAUACCAAAGAAGCAUAGAAAAUCACACACAGGCACACGCCCAGCAGCCCCACUACACGGGCUCAGCAGAUGUUUUAACAUUUGUGCUGGUAUCUCGUGUAGGGCUGAUUCGGAAGUAGCCCUGUGUCAGUGCAGCUCCAUCUAGAGGAGUGUAGUUAUGGAUUCUGUGCGUACUUUAUAUUCAGCCUGUUCCCAGCUCUUGAAUAUUUUAAAUAUUACUGAUUUUUCUCUCCUUCCCCCCGCCCGCCGUCGAUAUGGAGGUAAUACCUCAUUUUGUAUAAUGUACCCAGGCAGACAUGGAGGCAGAGGGGAACGAAGCUCGGCUUUGUCUUGGAUUCAAGCGUCACCUCAGCAGUGUGACCUGGGGUGAAUGACGCCCCUCUUGAUGUUCUUUACCCCUUUGUAAAAUGGGCAGGUUGUAGUAAUCUGUCUCAUAGGAAUAUUGUAGGAAACUAAAGACUUCGUUGGGUUUAGUUGCACUGUCCACCUAGGCAAGCAGCUCUCCCACGCCUCUCCUAGAGCAAUUAGAGCGCAGGUGACCUGGAGAAUUCCAUGGACCGAGGAGACUAAUGGGCUACAGUGAAGCGGCUUGCAAAGAAUCGGACAGGACUGAGGGAUUAACACUUCCUUUUCACGCCUCCUACUCUAGCUUCAAACUGUUCCCCGCCCCUUUCCCUGGCCACGCUAGGGGCGGGGCGGUUAAAUGUGUUUGUGACGUCAGCGCGCUCCGGGCCAAUCCCCCUUCCCGGCAAGCGUUAGCUUAUUUGCAUGGAUUGCCCUUUAUUGGUUCGUUGAGCAAGCCAGGCCCACCCAACUAUUUAAAGUCACCGCGCAGUAUAAACAAGGAGAUGCGGGGCGGCCAGGCCAUGAUGUCAUCGCGGCGCAGUAGCUCUCGGAGCUGACGUCAUCUCCGGGGAGGUUGCCGGUCCAGGGCUGUUAGAGCCUUCCUAACCACUGAAGCUGGCUUAAGGGGCCGCUCUUGCCCCUUCGAAGGUCUGGUUCAUUGCACUUCAGUGUCCCAGGCGCCGCCCCGUCCCGAGGAGGGGACUAUGACACAGGUCGUGUGCCCUGGCCCAGCCCCUCCAGCCCUCUGCCACCCCUGAUGCAACCAUGGGCUCUGGCAGUGACUAGGUGGGCACCCUCUGCCCCUGGGGGUCAACGGCGAUUCCCUGCAGGACCCAGCAGCAGCCCGGGCCAGUUCUGGGGAAGCCCCAGCCGCGAGGGCCCCCUGGCCAGCCCGCCUGCCCAGGAUGAGCGCUUCCCCUCCCAGCAGCUGCCGCCCCGACCAGCACACCUCCCCGUAGAGGAGCGCCGAGCCUCGGCUCCUGCCGGCGGGAGCCCCCGAAUGCUGCACCCAGCCUCCCAGCAGAGCCCGUUCAUGGUUGAUCUCCACGAGCAGGUGCACCAGGGACCUGUCCCUCUGUCCUACACAGUCACCACGGUGACCACCCAAGGCUUCCCCUUGCCUACAGGCCAGCACAUCCCUGGCUGCAGCACUCAGCAGCUCCCAGCAUGCUCCGUGAUGUUCAGCGGGCAGCACUACCCGCUCUGCUGCCUCCCGCCCCCGCAGCUGAUCCAGGCGUGCACCAUGCAGCAGCUCCCGGUGCCCUACCAGGCCUACCCCCACCUCAUCUCCAGUGACCACUACAUCCUGCACCCCCCGCCGCCGGCCCCGCACCCCCAGCCCGCUCACAUGGCACCUCUUGGGCAGUUUGUGUCCCUGCAGACACAGCACCCACGCAUGCCCCUGCAGCGCCUCGACAAUGAUGUGGAUCUCCGGGGGGAUCAGCACCCCCUGGGGAGCUUCACCUACUCCACCUCGGCCCCCGGCCCUCCCCUGUCCGUGCCCAUGCACUACCUGCCCCACGACACCCUGCACCAGGAGCUGUCCUUCGGUGUGCCAUAUUCCCACGUGAUGCCUCGGAGACUGAGCACCCAGAGAUACCGUCUGCAACAGCCGCUCCCCCCGCCGCCCCCGCCGCCUCCCCCACCACCGUACUACCCCAGCUUCCUGCCCUACUUCCUCUCGAUGCUGCCGAUGUCACCGACAGCAAUGGGGCCCACCAUCAGCCUGGAUCUUGAUGUGGAUGACGUGGAGAUGGAGAACUAUGAGGCUCUCCUGAAUCUGGCCGAGCGGCUGGGAGAUGCCAAACCCCGUGGCCUCACCAAAGCGGACAUCGAGCAGCUUCCAUCAUACCGCUUUCACCCGGACAGUCACCAGUCGGAGCAGACGCUGUGUGUCGUCUGCUUCAGUGAUUUCGAGGCGCGGCAGCUGCUCCGGGUCCUCCCCUGCAACCAUGAGUUCCACACCAAGUGUGUCGACAAGUGGUUGAAGGCCAACCGGACGUGUCCCAUUUGCCGGGCCGACGCUUCCGAGGUGCCCAGGGAGGCUGAGUGAGGCCCCACAGCCGCCCCGGAGAACCCUGCCCAAAGCUCUGGAAACUCGGGGGGUGCCCAGGGAGGGCGUGGUCCCGGCCUGCCCUGCCGUUCCUGCCUGCCUCUCCAGAGCUGCUGUCAGGGUCAGCCCGAGAGAAGCCCCUGCAAUAAGCCCCUGCAUUUGCCAAUCUCCAAAGACUCCUUCCCCAUCUGCCCACCCGUCUGCCCACCAGGGAGCAGCCUGAGCGUCCGUAACUCAGUCUCUCUCCUGUUUGCCCUCGGGUCUGUCUCCUUUUCCUGCCAGCACUGGGAGCCAGGGUCCAUUCCCUUAGUGUGGCCGGUGGAGAUCGUUGGCCCCAAGAUGGGCAAAGGGGGAGCUGUCCGGGUCGCCUGGUCUCUUGCCCUGAAGUGGCAUGCCCUCUGUGCAGGUGGCACAGACAGGCGUGGACAGGUGGUGGCAGGAAGCCCAAGCGGGUCCUUCCGCCCUGACCCUCGGCUGACUCAGGCAGCCAGGCUGCUGUGAGGGUGGGGCUGGCUCCCUAGAGGGCCCUCAGCCCAGGCACAACAUUCCGGCCACGAGCCCAGGCUGGGGAGCAUCAGAGCCAGCCUCCCAAGCAGGCAGGAGGCAGGCUCUGGGCUGCGGCAGAUGGGCCCUCUGAGAGGGCCUGGGCCAGGCCGGGGAGAGCGACCUCCUGUGUUGCGGGUGGCUGCCCUCCCUGGCAGUGACGGUGCCCAGACCCGUGCCCGAUCUCCCCUUUCUGUCGUUUUGCAUGAACGUGAGGAGCAGCAGUUUAUGUUGAUCAUUUGGCCCCAAAUCGCGUGUAGGAUCUGAGGGUGUGGAUUUUUAAACAAUCUCUUUUCUUUUGGUUUAAUGGGGGGGGGUAUGGGGACCAACCAGGACCAAGUGCCCAGGGGGCAGGGAAUGGUCUGCGCUGUACCGCCUGGUCUACAUGCAUGUGCGCGGCUGGGGCUGGGCCGGGUGGCUGGCGGUUGUGGGUGGGGUUGGGGGGUCUGUGCUCAGCUGAUAACUGCCAUGCACUGUACUGCACACGUCCCCAGAGCCUACCGGGACCGUACGCUUUUCAGGGCAUUUCUCCCUCUCUAGCCAGGACCUGUCUCCCACCUGCCUGGGCGUGUCUCCUCCAAGGAAGUCCGGGAGGACCUGGCUCCAGGGAGGGUGUGGACCCACCUCCAGGGGCCGCCUCCCAGCUUGAGCCCUGCCCUCCAAGGUCUGGAGGAGCCCCCAUAGGGUCUGGCUGAGUUCCCCACCCUCGCCCUCGUGGUCCCAUUCCUUCUCUUCCUCACCCCCAGCUGGGGUUGCUGCCCUGAACGAACCGCGUGUGGGGCCGGCACAUCCUAGCAGGCAGCCCCUGGCGCCUGCUGCCUCAGGGAUGCUCCAACCACCCUCGUUCUCCAGCAGCGGCCCUGGCUUCCCGCCACCCCCCAGCCUGCCAUGGGGCCCCAUCAGCCUGGCCCCACCCCGUGGAGAACCCAAAGUCUUACUGUAUAUAACUCCAGGUGACAUUUCUAUAUUUAUAGCAGUGUUGAAAACCCCACGUUUUACACAGAGAACCACCCUCUCCAACCCCCCUCCCUUCCCCACCCCCAAAAAAGGUUUUCAAAACCCUUUCCAGUUCCUGGGGCAGGCGGAAACAGGCUCACGGAUUGUGUGUCGGCUGCAGCAGUGAUUCCAGCGAGCAGCUAUUGGGGGGGAAACAACAUUAAAAAAAAAAUCACUUAAAAAAAAGAUUUAUAAGACAAUUAUUUAGGAUGUUUGUGAUUUGCCGACCUUGCUAUAGAUGCCAUGUUACCAAUGAUUUCCUGUGGUGGGGGCUUGUCAUUGUUUACUGUUUUAUUUACCAACUUCUGGCCUAGGCAUGACAGUGGGCUCCAUCCCCCAGCCCUGGCUGGGCCCAGCACCUGUGUUCUGUGUUAGAAAGGUCUUUUAUAUAUAUAUAUAUAAUUACAUAUAUAUAUAUAAACAUGUAAUUUGGGGGGGCCCUGUUCCUUGCACAUUUUACAGUUACCUCAUUUUUCCCAUGUAUGUAUUUGAGAAAAUGCUAAUAUAUAGAGAAAAAAAAAUGGUUCUUAAAGCUUAAAUGUGUGGUUUUUUCCAUUCCAUUGGAUUCACAUUGGUUUGUAGCAUUUAACAUAACUAGUAUGUUGUAUUAUAUAUGUGUAUACCGAUUGAAAUUUUUAACAGAUUUGUACUUUUUUUAAAAUGAAAGUUGCUAGUUCUGCUUGACCAAGUAGUGCAAUCAUUAUUUUUUUUAAUAUUGUUGCUGAUUUCAGAGGGAUAUUCACUAAUAAAUGUAUGAUGUAUAUCAAGUAUU